AGGCAUGCGUGGUGUCCUUCUCCUCCUCCUCGCCUUGUGACAUGCUGCUGCUAUUGGCACGGCGCGAGGGGCGAGAGGAGGAGCGGUGCUCUGCCCCCCGCCUGCAGGGCCGGGCCCGGAGCCGCGCCGAGCCGAGCCGAGCCGCGCCGCGCCGCGCCGCGGGAGAAGUUGUCGGGCCAUGGAGGGCGGCGGCGGCGGGGGGCUGCCGGCGGCGCUGGAGAAGAACGUGGCCGAGCUGACGGUGAUGGACGUGUACGACAUCGCCUCGCUCGUGGGCCAGGAGUUCGAGCGGGUCAUCGACCAGCACGGCUGCGAGGCCAUCGCGCGGCUCAUGCCCAAGGUGGUGCGCGUGCUGGAGAUCCUCGAGGUGCUGGUGAGCCGCAACCACAUCAGCCCCGAGCUGGAGGAGCUGCGGCUGGAGCUGGACCGGCUGCGGCUGGAGCGGGCGGACCGCAUCGAGAAAGAGAGGAAGCACCAGAAGGAACUGGAACUGGUGGAAGAUGUAUGGCGAGGGGAGGCCCAGGACCUUCUUACCCAAAUAGCUCAGCUGCAGGAGGAAAACAAACAGCUGAUGUCUAACCUAUCUCAUAAAGACCUUAACCUCACAGAAGAGGAGUUCCAGAAACAUGAAGGGAUGUCUGAGAGAGAGCGACAAGUGAUGAAGAAGCUGAAGGAAGUGGUAGAUAAACAGAGGGAUGAGAUCAGAGCAAAAGACCGGGAACUUGGGCUUAAGAAUGAGGAUGUGGAGGCACUGCAACAACAGCAGAACAGGCUAAUGAAAAUUAAUCAUGACCUUCGGCACAGAAUAACGGUUGUUGAGGCUCAAGGGAAAGCACUGAUUGAGCAGAAGGUGGAGUUGGAAGCCUACCUACAAACCAAGGAACAAGAGAUGGGCGUUUUGCGGGCAGAGCUUGGGAAAUUGAAGGAGAAGCUCCAUGGUGAGAGCAGCCAAAAUGGAGAAGAGAUCCAGAUAGAACCAAACAAUGAUGAAUCUCUCUCUGAAUCGGAGAAGAUGGCUCUGGAUUUAAAAGAUCCAAAUCGUCCGAGAUUUACUUUGCAAGAGUUACGGGAUGUCUUGCACGAGAGGAAUGAACUCAAGUCAAAAGUGUUCUUGCUGCAAGAGGAGCUCUUGUAUUAUAAAAGUGAGGAAAUGGAAGAAGAAACCAGAACCCCCCAGCCUACACCCAUCAUUCACUCAAAACCCUCAACUCAGCCAGAAUCAGGAAUCAAACGACUGUUUAGCUUCUUCUCUCGUGAUAAAAAACGCAUGCAGACGAUGCAGAAAAAUGUUCACUUCCAGGAUUCUUUUGGAGAAUGGGCAAAUUCCAACAAAGAUGACUCCUACACCGAACAAGGGCAGGAGGCCCUGCAGCACCUGUGACUAGAGCCCUGAGGCACUGAGCUUGCAACAGUAGAUCUAGACAUUUUAGUAACGAGAAGCUUCUGUAACCAAAUCUGGCAGCUCAACAUUUUUAUUUGCCUUGCACACCUCGAUGGUUGUGUUUCAGAUGUACUCUUCAAAAGGGAUCCCUCAGUGUUUACUUGGUGACUGCUCUCUGAAAACAGAAUCCAGGCUCUGUAGUAAUCGUUAUUUAUACCCAGGGGCAUCAAAGCUUUUAGAUGACUGGUUUUGUGCUGAAUAACAAGUCUACGGUCUGGCUCUUGCAUUUAACGACAGUAACACAAGCUUCUUUAAACCAAAAAGACCUAUGCUAUUAUUAGAGGCUUAUUUGCAUUGUACGAUAUCUAUUGGUGAAGACUUUGAAGACUUUAUUACCGUUUUUGUUAACACGCGUGGGAAGGAAGGGGUGUUUUGAUAUUUCCUUAGGUUUGUUUAAUGACAGUUGCAAAGAGAGAGACCAUGAACUGUCACUUUCCAAGGCAGGUCUGAUCAGCGCUGCAUCCUGUCUAGACCUUAGCAGGUGUCUGCAUCUUGCAGAGACACCACCUGAAAUUCCCAUGGCCACAAGUAUAGAACAUAGAGCUGUCUUGAAAAGGACAGUGACUAUGUUUCACUUCAUUUAUAGUGCCUAAAGCACAAAAAUACUGAUGUACAAGGUGAGUGUGCCUUGCAUUUUGCUAUGAGUUAUGCAGUAUUAACAGAAAAUGAAUUGCUCAUACUGAGGAAUUCUACUGCUUUGUAUUUUUUUUCUUUUCCCUUCUUACCAGACUCUUCUCCGCCAGGCCCCUCUUAUUACCAGAUUGCUGCUGUAUGUGAAGUGGCUCUUAUCUCUACAAAAGGCUUUAAAAAAGCCAUAGGCAACAGUAAUUGAACUUUUGCUCCCAACCUGAAGACUGUUUAGUAGAAAAGGGUGGUUUUUAAGCUCGCUGACAUGAACAGCUUUUUUCUAUGGUAGAGAGAGUGCCAAAUCCAACUCUUCUCCCUUCCAGACUUAGCUAAAAUUUUGCACAGAGCAAAUACAGCCUCUCAUUUCAUUGCAAGCUACACAACACUAUUUUGGUAAGCCUCUGUGUGGGCAUAUCGUCAUAGAGAACAGCUUGCAGGACUGGGGCUGAACUUGAUCAUGACAAUCCUGCAGCUGAAGGCAGUGGAUGUGGGGUAAUGUCAGAUUUAGAUCCACAGUUUCUGCUGCAAGCCUAGCUGCAAUCUAACUGUAUGUGAAUGAAUGAUGCUAUGGCUACAAGAACAUUGACAGCAGAGUCCUAUGUAAGAACUGCAGCCAGAACCAUUACUCGCACCACCAUGGACAUGUCUGUCUGCCUGUCUCUCUCUCUCCCCCACUUCUGGAGAAGAAAAUCUUUGCCAUACUCUUCUCCUUGCAAGAGAGGCCUUGUCCAUUCUACUUAAGUAAUUUGGGGGUGGGGAAGUGCGGACGCAUGCCCAAACUGACUAUUCCUUACCAAAAAGGAUGUUAAACCUUGCUUGGCUUCAGCUAUACAAUUAAAGAACUGUACUAGAACAUAAUCCUGCAGGAGAAAUAUCUAGUGUUAGCAGGUGCCUACACUGAAAGGAAGGGAAAAGAAGUUACUUUAAAGUCCUAAGCUCUAGCAGAGAUGGGCUGGGAGCCGUUGUUAGCAUUUAGACACUAUGGUAAAUAGACCUGCUCUCACGUUUUGCUAAAUUGCAGUAGCAAAAGUGGUAGGCACUGCUCUGUUCAUCUUACAACACCCAAUGUUACUGGACCUGAACCAGGAGAGAAGCAUGUAGACAGGGCUCAGAAUGUAGCAAGCUGUAGGGAAGCACUGUCCCCUCGGGUUCUUGGAGUCCACAGGAUCAUUUAGUACCACUGUUUGUGGGGUAAAAAACAUUUCUGGGAAUGUAAGCCAGGGAGUCCAUAUGCAGCCUCUCUCUAAAUAAAGCUGCAUUGGAAAACCCUGUUGCUACAGGAGUUAAAUGUUGUCCUGUUUGGUACCAUAAGUGGACUAGCCAGGAACAGAGCAGAGCUUAACAUGCUUUAGGUAGGACCUGGGUCUUUCCCCAUUAUAGGAUCAGCACAAAGGAGGAGGAAAAAGGGAUAAAAAUUAACUAAUAUAGACUCCUGCUAUGAUUGAUUAGUUUGAGUGCAUACAGCUCCUUAGCUGAAACCAAUCCUAAAUCACAAUACACUCUUAACAGGCUUGAACAUGACUGAUGACGAGGCACCUCCCCAACCACGCCUUGCUUGUGGGGAAUUCCAAGUACCCAGCUCCUUCAGAAACCCUCAGACUAGUUCUGGUCCAGUAAAGGGACAGGUGUUUUAAACUUCAGCCUCUAAAUCGUGUUGAAGUUCCUUUUAAGGCAGGGGAAAGGCGAUGGUUCUCUUGCUCAAAAUGUUUCUAUAUUUGAAAUGCAAAUAUAGAAACUAUAUUUCUAUAGUUCUAGAAAUAUAGAACUAAAACUAGCACUUUGUGAAGGCAGUGCUACAGAAACAAAACCGGAUUUAGGAACACUGACAGAUCCAAACCUCACACUUUGGUGGUAGAAAUAUUGCUCCUCGUUUAAAACCUGGAUGAAGCAAGCAGCUGUAUUUGCAUGUAGGCCCUUACCCUAAAUUUGGAAAAUUUUAACAUAAUGCUUCCCACAAUUUCCAAAAUAUUAAAAAAAAUAAGCGUAAUUAGGAAGAGUGCUACUGUACCGUGCAGUUGCUAAGGUAAGUGAAAGCUGGAAAAAGAUUCUAGUGCAUACUAAUCUCUAAUACUUCCGUCCUUUAACUUUGGAAAAGAUCUGUCCCCAAACUGCUGAGAUUUUCCUCUGCUAGUAAAGCAUUCUAAUCUGGAGCUAACCAUUGUGUGAGUUUGUCUUGAACCAGGAACAAGCGAUAAACCCAGACCACUGCUAUUCUUUCCAAGUCCAGAGUUUGUACUAGAUCCUGGGGUGACAUGCAUGCCAUGGUGAGCUGUUUCUGUAACUCCUUGUAGCACAGUUUAGAGCUGUUGUCUGGCACUUUAGCAGUAGAUAGAGCAAUAUUUAGCAGUGCAAGAAUGUAGCAGAUUCACCACCUGAAUAAGCAAACCAUUUUCCAAACUGAUUAAGAAUGAUGAACUAGGACAACAGAAAUACAGACUGUCCUAAUUUGCCCAGUACCAUAGGCUUAUUUAUGAAAAAGGAAGUUUCUAGACAUAAUGCUUGUAAAGCUAAUCCUCAAGCCCCAAUGCUAAUGUGCUUUUGUUGAGCUGGGGCUGCAGCCCAUCUGACACAAUAGCACUAAGCAGUUAGAACUUCCCCCAUUCAUCUCCAUGGCUGUUACCUCCAUAAUCUAAUUGCUCUUGUACUGCUAACAUUAACCUUUUCACUCCUGAUCCUCAGACUGGAAACUUUCAGCUACUGUGCUCAGACAGGGUGGUCAUUUGAAAGGAGGCUUCCUGGGCAAGAGCUGUACAUUUUGAGCAGUCAAAGAGUUAAAUCUCUGCCAUGUGGCUUCUUGAUAUUCAAGUAAAUGCUCUUCUUUUAAAAGGUCACAGUCUUAUCAGGCAAGAGGUAGAGCAGUCCUGUAAUUGGAGUGCAAGAUACUGGAGGUUUCUUUGGUUCAAUAAUAAAUCACUUUUAAUAAAGA